GUUCCAUCCAAUUACAGCAGCGAAAUGAUGUCAUGUGACAGUGGAUGGGUCUAUGAUGACAGCCAAUACAAGACGACGACAGUGACAGAUUUUGAUCUCGUUUGUGGCGAUCAUGAUAUGACUGAACUGUCCCAAUCCAUCUUCUAUAUAGGAAUCGUAGCAGGAUCCAUUUUCUUUGGCAUAAUGUCAGACAGAGUUGGGCGCUGGUGGGCGCUUUUUGUGAGCAACAUCAUCUCGCUUGUUUCGGGGCUUGCUCUUGCCUUUUCGCCAAAUUGGUGCUUCUUUGCCAUCAUGCGUUUCUUCAUGGGAUUCGGCAACAUCGCUCUCAACACCGUAUUGUAUAUUAUAGGUAUUGAGUACAUUGGACCAUCGAAGAGGAACGUCAUAAUACUAGCAUCGAUUAGCUAUGCACUCGGAUACAUGUUACUCACCCUACCGGCAUACUACAUUCGCUCCUGGCGUACCUUACAGCUAGUUAUGACUGCACCUCUCUCCAUCCUCUUCAUCUUCUUCAUAUGGCUCCCAGAAUCACCAAGAUGGCUGAUAUCAAUGGGGAAAUACGACAAGGCGGAGAAGGUGAUUGAAAAGUUUGCUGACGUCAAUGAAGUGACAUUGCCAAACCCUCUCUUCACUAAAGAAUUUAUGGAAGAACAGGACCAAAUACGCAGGGCACGCAAACCUACGGGCCUUGAUUUAAUUCGGACGCCUAGGAUGAGACUACGGACUAUCAACCUUGUCUGUAUAUGGAUGGUGAACUCACUGGUAUACCACGGCCUUUCGCUCAAUAGUUCAAAUCUGGGUGUCGACGUCUAUCUCGCUUUUGCUCUCUCGGCCGCUGUCGAAAUUCCUGCCUACCUUCUGGCCUUCGUCAUCGUCGAGUUCUUCGGUCGCAAGCUUAGUGUCUUCGGCUGUAUGAUGUUGGGCGGGCUGGCUUGCGUGUCGACUGCUUUUAUAGAACACGGCAUUGCUUUGACGAGUGUCGCCAUGAUUGGAAAGUUUGGGAUUUCAGCCUCAUCUAACAUCAUCUAUCUCUACACUGUCGAGCUUUACCCUACGAAUAUAAGGGGGAUUGCCGUUGGCAACUGUUCAAUGUUCUCAAACAUAGCAGGUAUAUUGGCCCCUCUCAUCCUCAUACUCAGCAAGUAUUGGGAUUCUCUUCCCCUCGUCAUUUAUGGGUCUUUUUCCGUCAUCGCUGCACUGUCUGCCCUAGCCUUGCCCGAGACAAGAGGCGAGAAACUCCCCGAGACGGUGGAAGAAGUAGAACAAUUUGGCUCAAGCUCCAAGGAAGCCAAGGAGCUCAAAGUCAUGACGUCACAGCAUGGACCUAACACAGUUGAGGAGAAGGACAAAGUAACAAAUAUAUUGAAUGACACAUCAACUGAUACCACCCAUGUAAACCCUACAUUUACCAUAGAGGACGAACAUGUAAAUAAUGUGAAAUUUGUAAAUGGAACGACUCUGGAAAAUCAUGUAUUUACUGAGGAGGAUGAGAAAAGUCAGAGGGACGGCAUUGCAAAUGGAGCUACCCCUAGCAAUCGAGAAUUCACAAUACACAGGAUACUGGACGAAGAUGACGAAAAUGGAAACAUUAAAUACAUCUCGGGGGAAAUAGUUUAUGAUAACUCAACAUUUACAAUGGAGGAUAAAAAGCAGAGUGGCAUACCCUUGUGCUCAAACGGGAGUAUACCAGAAAGGGAGGAAAAGGAAACAUCGCACACAGAUGAAGGAUAGAACAUGAGAGAGAUGAAAGACAUGGAAAGAAAGGAAUGGGGAGAGAGAGGUGUGUGAGAGAGAGAGAGAGAGAGAGAGAGAGGGAGAGAGAGAGAGUGAUAGAGAAAGAGGGGGAGAAGUUGAACAAGAGCAAUUAUCAUCAAUGUCCUCUUGUCCCAUAAUAUAUUCGAUUCAUUAUGUUCUUAAACUUUAACUUAGUAUAUAAAAAGGAAUUAUAAAUUGUAGAUCUUCACAAUUAGACCGUCCUAGAAAACAUAAUUAAAUGUUAUGAUAUGGAUUGAUAGUGUCGAAGAAGAACAAAAUAUAUUAUUGAUUUUUGUCUGAUUCAUAUCAUAAAUUUGUAGUUAUUUUUUUAUUUAUUUCUUUUACAGAAUAUGCUACUAAGUAGUCAAUUACAAAAAGAUUAAAACUAAUUUGGAAAAACAAAUAAUUCUCGGAACAUAAAAUCGUUAAUGUAAUGUCAGAUCAUUAGAAGCUUAAUCAGAAAUGGCAUAUUUCUUGCUUUGAAUACGGUCAUUGUCAUUAUUGAAUGCUACUUUUUAUCGUGCUCAGUUUAGUUCAUGCAUUUUUGUUCAUUAUUAAACUUUGACCACAAUCCAAAUUGUUCACAUGUAAAGCGUUUUAUCUGACGACCCAAUCCGAAAAAAAUGUUUAAUUGAUAUGUAAUGCUUUGAUAUCUUUCAGAUGAUUCACAGCAAAUCUUGGGCAUGUGCAACUGAAAUAGCUCAUAUGCCCAUAUACCAUGUUUUGUGUUUGACAUAUUCAUCCUUGUUCUGCCAUGAAAAAUUGCAACAUGUGAUUUAAAUGCUGACUCAGAAGAAAAAA